AUAUAUCAGGCGGUCCACAUCUUUCCACUCUCACACUGUGGGACAAACGUGGACAACAAACGGUGGACAAAAUGUCGCAGUACUCAGGCAAGAUCUGUUUCUACGAGGGGAAAUGCUUCACGGGCAGGAAGCUGGAGAUCUGCGGUGACUGUGAUAACUUCCAGGACCGCGGAUUCAUGAACCGCGUCAACUCCAUCCGCGUGGAGAGCGGCGCCUUCGUCUGCUUCGACCAUCCCGACUUCAAGGGCCAGCAGUACAUGCUGGAGCACGGAGAUUACCCCGAGUUUCAGAGAUGGAAUGCCCACAAUGAUCACAUGGGCUCCUGCAGACCUAUCAGGAUGCAUGGAGAACACUACAGGAUGGAGUUGUUUGAGGGAGCUGACUUUGCUGACCAGUGUGUUGAGGUGUGUGAUGACGUGCCCUUCCUGCAGGGACGCGGUCUGACCAAGAACUGCAUCAACUCUCUGAAGGUUUACGGAGACGGAGCCUGGGUGCUUUAUGAGGAACCUAACUUCCGCGGCCGUAUGUAUAUCGUGGAGAGAGGAGACUACUCUAGUCACGUGGAGUGGCAGGCCCAGAACCCCAACAUCCAGUCCAUCCGCAGGGUGGUCAACUACUUCUAAACCACGACCCCUUGACCUCUGACCUUAGUCCGAGGGGUCAAACCUGGGAUGUCGAACAGUAAAGGGGCACAACUUUACGGAAAACGUUCAGAUGACACAGUCAGUUCUAUUCGUGCCAUUUGCAUCUGUAACAUUCUGACCGUGUCACCUCACUGAAUGUGAUGACAUCCCAGGUUAGAGGAUACAUACAUAAAUCAUACAUACAUGGAUUACAAGGCGGAGCUUGGCGAGGUGUAGUCAACAACGUUUACAUCACAGGGCACGGAACUGUUUAUUUUAUCUUCUAAUCCAGUUGUAAAAUUAUAUAAAAAAGACAGAACCAGAA